ACAGAAUGUUUAUUUAGAAAUCAUUGACAGUUUCGUCUGUACGAAAGAAAGUAAAAUCAUUAUCUCAAUCAUGUUGCAAAUUUUACGUAUUAAUAUUUCUUCUGGAAAGAUAGUGUCCUCUGUUGUGGCUAUAUUUAACCACCUUUCCGGCUGUAUAUGGAAGAAGUAAGUGGGUGUCUACUGAACCAUGGAUAAUUUGACUCCUGAAGACGAAGAUUUUCCUGGCAGGCUUUUACACCAGGCAGCAUUAUGGGAUAAUGCCGAAUUGUUGGAAGAUUUAUUGCGUGGAGAACAGGUUGCACACAUAAACAGUCAAGAUUCUUGGGGUCGAACUCCUCUUCACGCAGCAGCAACUACAGAUAAUUCCCGCUGCUUGAGUGUUUUGUUAAAUGCUGGUGCUGAUCCGAAUAUUGCCUGUGGAAUAAGAGGUGAAAAUAAGGUCCCUCUGCAUAUCAGUGCUGAGCAUGGGUAUGUCAAUAAUAUUAAACAUCUCCUAGCACAUGGCGCAGAUGUGGUGGCAACAGACAGCAGUGGCCUAACAGCCCUGGAUAUUGCUGAGAAAUGUGAACAUACAGAAUGUAUGGAAGUCCUGAAAAGGGCAGCUGGUAAGUGUCAAGUUCAUGCAGAGUUUUUGUUAACUAAGAUGAUGAUGGAUGUUAUAUUCAGAUUUUCAUCAAUUAAGAGUUGUAUACAAUUUAUAUAAAUAAAAAUGAUAAUUACUGUCUUA